GUCUCUUUGUCAACUACUUUAAUAAUAAAAGAAAGAGAAUUGUUAUUUUGAUUUGAUUGUUAUUAGGAAUUGUUUAUGCUUUGUUUCAUAUAGUUAGAUGUAUAAAUUUUGUCGGAUCGUGCAUAAAUGUAAUAUGGAAUAAAUAAAUAUUUUAUUUAUCGUUUACGUAUUUAUUUAUAAAAUAUGGAAGGCUUAACUCAAAAUGAAAAGAUUGUUUGGAAUUGCUGGGAGCAGAAAUCACCCAGAGAGGUAGUUCGCGAAGCAGCAGCUAAGGGAACUCAUAUUAACCUAGCUAUAAAAUAUCUAAAACUCAAAAACUCUUGGAGUGAGUCAAUAGCGAGAGACUGGUUUAUGGCAGAGGUUAAAGCAUGGACAGUUCAGCUAUUGAUGAGGAAACAAAUAUUUAAAGUUUUGCAUAUUUUGAAUAAAUGCAACAUAAACCCAGAAGAGCAUUUGAUGGCUCUUGCCCAGACAUCAGCCGAAAUGGAAUACAGAGAUUUCAUUGUGGAACAUCUACAUAAACUUUCGAAGGACAUGAUAAGUACAAAUCUAAAUAAAUGGGAGGACUUUAGGAGACAUUGGAACUUGCUACGAUAUUUAGAAAAAUCAUUUGAAGUAGAUGGUACAUUUAAGCAGAACAAAGUUUUUGGCAUAGGAUCAGAUAGAGUAUUUGUUAAUGAAACUGAAAUUAAGGCUUUGACAAUUGAGAAGAUAGAGAAAUAUUCAACAGAAUGGAAAUGCAAAAUUGCAACUGCUCUAUUCUUUGAUACUUUUGAAUUUUCUUUAUUAGAUUUUUCAACUCCUGUUCAAAUGUGGAACUAUUUGGUGGAACAUAAUAAAGCUAUGAUCCUUGUUCGUUGGAUAAAUGUCCAGAUGUCAGAAGUGGUCCGUGAUAUGAAUGCUAGAUACAAUUUCUUUAACAAUGACAAUUUUGUACAAAAACUCUUAAAUGUUGAUACUAGAGGCUUUCAAAGUGAAGUUCUUGAUACUUUGGAUGAAGUUUUUCGUAAAUGGCCCAUUACUAAGGAAAUGAUUCAAAAGAUAUCUGUAAGUGAUUGCUUUGAAUACACAAAAAUGUGUAUUUAUGAUACUCUGUCAUCAUAUGGAAUAAUCAUAGAAAGUGAGCGUAAAGAUUUAAAUAAAAUAAUUGGUAGAUUAUCGAGAACUCAAAAUCUAAAACUAAUUGAUGAUAUAUUUUCUGAAUCUUGUGCCACAAUGGGUAUACAAGAAUUUUAUUUGGAAUUGGCAAAGUAUUUUGUGAAAAAUAAAUUAUACAAAGUGCUGACAAUUUGUAUUGAAGGUAAUAUACUGGACACUGAUUUGUCGGGCAUAGAACAAGAUGUCAAAGAUUGUAUUGAGCUGUGGUUGCUAUUUAAAAGCAUAGAGCAAACUUCUGAUAGACAAAGCCAUGUAGUGCCAGUAUAUAAAACUUGCCAACAAAUAGCCAAAGAUAAUAUUGAUGAUUAUAUUUCUAGUAAUCCUCAUUUGGUGUUGGGUAUGAUUUUAUUAGAAGACAAUGCAAAAUUAUUUGAUAUAUUUACUAAAGAAGAAUUUUUACAAUUUAAAGAUUUUAAAUUACCAAAUAAAGGUUAUAAGCAAAAACUACCACAUUUGUACAAUGUCUACAAAAAACAUGCAAGUGAAAACAGUUUGUAUGAAUGUAAAGACGUGAACGUCUAUCAACUGCUUUCUGGCUAUCGAGGUUUAGACGUGUCAAAAAUAUUUGAAUUUCAAAUAUUAAAUACAAGCACUAGUUAUUUACCACCCGAAAAAACCGAUCGAAGAAGUUUAGGCAGUCUUUUAUCAGAUGAGGUUGAAGUCCGUGGUCUGAAAACAUUGUCACAAAAAUCAGUUGAUAUGCCAGACUUUGCUAAUGAAAAACUUAUGAAAAGAUAUGGUUAUGAUGCAAAAUUGAACCAUUUAUAUUAUUUGAAACAAUAUCGUCCUUGCAAUGCGAGCCAAGCUUUCGUUUCACAGCAAUACCAGUCAUACAACCGCUUACAAGAGAAGAGCAUUAAAAAUGCGUGCUGUGAAGCACAUGCUUUAGCUUUACAUAAUUGGUUUGAUCCUGCUAUGACAGCAUGCGCAAUAUCCUUCGUUGCAAUGAUCGGUUGUAACCCUACGAGAUGCCGAGUUCACAUAUCGGCUACUAAAAUGAUAAAAAAUCAUUUGACUACUCAAAAAGGAUUGCCAGAAAAUGAGGCUAAUAAAUUAAUUAAUGAUUUUAUGGCAAAACUUAUACAAAACAAUGAUGACACGGCUAUAACGAUUCUUCACUAUUUAGAGGAGAUUACUUUGUACAGAUUGAAAAAAAUACAAGAGGCAGAAGGAAAAUUCGAUAUGUCUGUAGUAUUAUAUGAAUCUCAAACCAUGGUUAAAUUCGCAUUACUACAUAAUUUACCUUUGCCAGAAGUUCAGCUAAGAGAAUUCGUCAAAAAUAACUCCUGGUUCCAUUUUCUACUUUUUGGAGAUGUCUUUAGAUAUCCGCUCUCGCAAAUGCUGCAGUUAUCUCAAGAAUUUGAGAAGAAAUCGUAUUCAGAGCAUUUAAAAUACAUAAUGGUGCAUCGAACAGCGGAAGAUGACAAGGAACAGAAGUCUAAUUCCAGCAAUGGUCAAAGAAGACCUAUGAGGCUCAAUUCAACUGAACCGAGUCCAACACAAAACGUAACAUUCGAUUUCCCACCUAGCACGUAUACGAGCCGGGAGUUAUGGGAAGUGGCGGCAGCGUGUCACGGUCCGGAGGACCCGCCGGCCGCUCUGUUGCGAGCUGCUGAUAUAUACCGUGAACCAUUGCUUGUGCUCAUUGCUAGUUGUUACGAGCCAAAUGCCGUGGAUGUUCUUUGGGCGCAUUGGAUUCUCUCCUCGCUUGAACCAAAUGCGAGAAGUCGGGAAGCCUUACAAGCCGAAAUAGCUCAAAAUGUUCCGGCACAGUUGUUCCAAAAAGUCGCAGAAAUCUGUCUUGCAGAAGGCUAUAUAACUACUCUCUAUGAAUCAAUUUCAAUAUUUAUGCCGGAAAGUCCCUUGAAUUUUCUUACGUCGUUUCUGUAUCGAAGUGUCCGUCUUCUAGUAUUUGAUUCGGAAACUAUGAGAUAUUUGACUAAUUUUGUUUCUCAUUGCCAAAGACGAUACAGUGUAGACGCGAAUGGCUUAUCCUACGAAAUGUCGAAAGAAUCGCUGCAAAGAUUGGCGGUAUCGCUAGUCAAAAUAGCUUUAAUCCACAAUUUUGACAUGGCAUUUCAUCAAAAAGAAUUUCUGAAAUGUUUAGCCGAAACUCGUUUCGCACAGGACUUUAUGGUUCCAACACCGAAUUUUGCUACCCUGUACAAAAUAUUCGAAAUAUCGAUGUCAACUUCGACAGUAAUGGACAUAUCAAAGAUGUUGCAAGAAGAUUCAAAUGAUUAUAUCCUUGAGCGCAUUGUUAUAUACACACGAAAUAAAAAUUACGACGUAGCAUUAAAAAUAGCGAAGUUAGCUGGGUUGCCCGUAGACGACAUCUUAAAAGCAGAGUGGGAUAAGAAGUGUAAUAAUCUUAUUUUCGCCGAUGAUAGUACAGUAGAAGAUAAACAGAUUACUUAUUUCGUAGCACAAUGCAGCGAAGCUUUUAAAAAUGCUGGUGUAUCUUUAGAUAAGUCCAUAGAAUUCCUUUCCAGUAUUCCAAAACACAUUUCAGAGAACGAUCAAAAGUUUUACGCGUACAGAGUUAUUAUGGGCUGGUUUGAAGGAAAUCAUGUAUAUGGAGAAAAGAGAGAACAAAUCGAGCAUGAAAUGUGGUCGGCUUAUUUAUCGAUAGACUCUAAAUUGAACAUAGUCCUUAACGACUAUCAGGCCACUUUGAAAUUCGUCCUCAACAAUCAGAAAGAACCGACGGCGUCCCAAAAGAUGGACAUGAUGUUUGAAGAAAAACCUUUCUCAUUGACAUUACAUGAGAUAGAAGUUGAAUCUGAUGUCAUAAAUAUUGAGAAAGUUGAAAUAUUGGAGGAGUCGGAUGAUAUUGAUCGUUGGCAAAAUGCCAUCAGUAAACUUUUAGAAUUGAAACUUUUGGUAGAGGCCUUUCGCUUAUCGGUUCUCUUUAAAACUUCUAAUGAGUAUGGAUAUAGGACUCCGGUAUGCCCUGUACAAAUCAUGCGGACGUGCUUAAAACUAGCUGAGGGGACUUGUUUGCCGUAUGAUUUACCUCAGGAAUUGCGAUUGGUUAUUUCAUCACCAACUCUACAAAAUAAACUGACUGUUUCAGAAGCGUCAGAAACAAGUUUCGAAGAGUUAGUUGUAAUACAAGAACGUCAGGAAGGAGAAAGUAUACCUCACUUAGCUGCGCGGGAAGAAGCAGAUAGAUUGUCUGCUUUAGAAGCACUUGCUGUUAGAAGUGGUCUUUCUGUAGCUAAACAGGUGGCGAACUACUUCCGCAUUGCGCUUCAGAUCGGUUGGGAUUAUUUAUCGGUGCUGAAAUACCAAAGUCGGCCUUUGGAUUUCAUCAACUUGGUUAGCGGUAGAGCUCGCAUGUCUUUAGCAAAUCUCGUAUUCCGUACUUUUAACGUACCAUCGAAACAAAUUGCAGAAUACUUGUGUCGAGAAAUGGUAGCAGCAAUUAUAUCACCACAUCUUGUUAAAACUUCUACAUUUAGACAAAAAGAGCAUUUUCAGUACACUUUAUGGGGCUACGUUCUCGACUCUGAUAUUGAAAUGUUUCUGAACAUGCGUCCGGACGCUUGCAGUCAAAUUGGCAGAUUUAUACUCGACCACUUGAUGGCCUUUCAAAAGAUUUAUAAUGCAACAAAUGCUUCGAAAAUUCCUGAAAAUAUCUUAGAUGACAGUUGCCUCGAUGUCGAAACUUUGAUCGACGAGGAAUACCAAAACGUAGAAGAAGACGAGGUCGAAUCUAUUUUAACUGAAGAGGGAACACUUAUGUCGGCCGAAACAGAAUCGGUGUAUUCAGUUUCCACCGCGUACACCGCAGGGAAAAUGUCUCGUGAUGCAAGAAGGAACUUAUUCGAUGUCAUAUCGAGGAGCAAUGUCCAUAUUAGAUAUGAAGUGAAAUCGAAUAUUCGAAAGAUAACCAAGGGUGCUAAAUUGUCUACAAAGCAGGUCAACAUUAUAUCCAUCGAGUUAUUGGUGGUUGCACACGAAUGCUUCUCUUGCGCGUGUGACACGGAAGGCGUGGGCGUGGCGUUACGCUCCGCUCAGGCGUUGGCGGCGCGACUGCUGGCCGCGCGCUCGUGGCGCCUCAUGGUGCGCCUGCUCACCGGCCUGGCGCGCUACACCGAGUGCGCCUACAUACUGCAGGCCUUACGUGACAACCACCAAUUUGAAUUUCUACUGGGACAGUUCGACUACAUGUUAGGUCAACAACAGGACAAAAUAGCUGAGUUCAAAUAUGGCUUACUCGACUUCUUAAAAACGCACUGUCCAGGUGAUACCGACACAUACAUAAUGGUCGCGUUACAUUUCAACAUGUACGCAGAAGCUGCAAACGUUAAGAAAAAACAGGCAUUGGACCUUAUACACGAUUUAGAAAAAAUGGCGUCGGAUGCGACUAAAACAUCAAAGAAAAUUGCUCAACCUGUUUGGCAUCUUAUCCAUGAUAACGUUUCAACGAGGUCUUUACUAGAUACGGCACUAAAUCAUUGUACUGAUGCUUGUGAACUGUAUUUACAAGGGGGAUGUACUGGUUUUGCCGGUGAAAUGGCGACUCUUGCGCAACAAAUCGCGUUACAAAUAUCCUUACUGAACGCUUCACCGACUAGGCUAAUACUUAACAGAAGCACAGAGCAGACGUAUAAUCUUGUCAGUGAAUAUUUGAGUUUUAUGGAAGGUUUGGUGUUUCUGUCAACUGGCGGAGCGUCGAUAUGGCGCGAGUUGGCUUACCGAAGAGUUCUUACCAACGACCAAGUAUAUAUACGAGAUAUGGCAAUGUACCGCCCGGACAUUGCACACGAUUACCUUAACAGAUAUAAAUCAGAAAAGAAAAAGACUCCUACAUCUCAAGCUGCGAUUUCAGAACUUCGCUCGCUACUAAGAUGAUGCAGACUUAAAAUACGUUAAACUUUAAGAUCUCAGUGUAACUUACGCGUAUCUAGUUAUAUUCCAAAGCGAACUAAUGUUAAUCAUUUUAACUUUAACUAUAUUGUCUUGAUAUUAUUGCAAAUUUUGUGAUUAUACCUAUUUAUAGACUUAGCGAUAAUGUUCAUACUAAAAUUAUGUAUUGUUUCGUUUUAUAAUUGUUAAGCGUAUUGCUGUGAUAAUCUAAAUUGACUGAAAAACUUUAUUUUUAUAGCUUUGUAAUUUGAAAGUAAAUCUUUGUUACUUCCA